AUGACCAGCAUGUUGCGGAAAAAAGAACUCGUCACCAUCAUCACGCCCAUCCCGGGCUUCAUCCCCCGCCAGCUGGCCAUCGACAUCCUCCACUCCCACAGCGAGGUCAUCACCCUCAACCCGCUCGUCCUCAGCCACAAGCCCAUCAAGGCCCCGCGCGAUGCCGCCUCCGACGAGUACUACUCGACCUGGUACGAAAUCACCGAGCGCAUCCAAUAUGUCCCCGGCAUCGGCAAAAUGGGCUCCGGCAAGCUCGCCUUCAACGCGUGCUUCCAUGACAUGCCCUGGGGCCUGCAGGCGCACAUCUACGCGCCCAUGAACACGGACUUGCGCUACAAGUACCGCAUCGGUGGCAACCAGCCCGGCGUCGAGCCGCCCGAGACGCUCGAAAUGGGCCUGAUGGCGCUCGGCGCGCCGUCCGACGGGCUGUAUCUGCGCGAAGACGUCGAGGUCAAGUGCAGCAUCGCCGUCAUGAGCUUUGUCAAGUCGCAGCUCAAGGCCGCCAGCAAGCUCAUGGUGGAGCGCAUCAUCAAAAAGGCCGAGCUCGUCGACGGCGGCGCCCUGACCGCCAUGAUCGAGAACGGCCGCCUCAAGACCAUCAACCCGGCCGACCGCUCGUACACGCUGAGCGCCGCAGCUGCCGGCGCAAGUGCCGGCGCGAGCAGCGCCGGGUCCCCUGCCAUGACGACGGCGUCGACGUCGCCCGCCCUGCCCAGCGCGCAUGAGAAGGACACACUGGCCACCGCACAACACCAGCGGGGCUCGCCCCAGAGCCGCACCGAGACGCCCGGUUCCCCACCACCCAUGCCGUACCAGGUGCCGCGCCCGCAGUCGAUGCUGCCCCAGGGCCUGCAGUCGCCCUCGCCCUACUACCGCCCCGGCAGCGCCGGUGUCAACCAGCAGUACCCGCAGCAGCCGCCGGGCAGUCCUGGUCUGGGGAUUGGCGCGUACCCGCCCUACUCGGCCCAUCCGGGGCAUGCCAGCUAUGCCGGCACACCGGGCGGCGGCUACUACCAGCAGCCCAUGCACCCGGCUCUGUACCAGCAGUACACGGGCCAGCACCCGCCGCCUCAUCCACAACAGCAGCCGUACCCGUACCCGCCACCGCCGCAGCAGUUCUACGCCGAGCUCCAGGCAUACCCGCAACACCAGCUGCCGCCGCAGCAGCACCUGCCGCCUGGCCAGGCAGCAGCGGUGGCGGUCGAGAUGCCGGGCGACUACUACUAUGCCCAGGCCGCGCAACAGCCCCAGCAGCCCCAGCAGCUGCAGCGGGCUCACUCGACGGCCGGCUCGACGCCCCAGACGAACCGCGACUCCGACAUUCUGACGACGGGCCAGUGGUCCGCACCCAACCAGCAGCAGCACGGCCAGCCGCCCAACGCGGCACGCCCCAACUCCGUGGCGUCCACCAACAGUGGCAGCGGGACGGGGAACGGCCAUGCACCCCCCGCCAACGGCUACCGCUCACCGGGUCUCGACAAGAGCUUCUCGUCCGAGCUGGCCACGCACCGCGAGACGCCCGACGAGCACCGCCUCGAGGCGCUCAAGAAACUGGACCCGACGGCGACGCCGGCCGCCCUCAACCUGGCGCACCAUCCGGCCCUCAAGGACCAGCCACCGCCGUCCCAAGACCAGGGAAAGCAGGGCUACGCCUACGACGGUGCCGAGUACGGGACGCCGGUGCAGGGGCGGUAA